AUGUCUCAGUUUCUGUUAUCCCUUAUACUAUACCCUGAUAAUAAACUCGAGAUUUUGUUAGCUUUUAUGGUAUCUCAAGGCAAAUGUACACUGCACAGAACACACAUAAAGAUACAGCUCCUUUAUUAUCAUCAUCUCUACAUACCAACAUACUUCCAUUAUCUCCAGUCAGAUAAUUUGCAUCUUCUUCCUGGGUGGCUAGCUGCUCUUCUUACAGAGAAGUUCUUCAACAUCUGCGCUGCUCACAAAGAUGCCAGAAAGAAUGAAAAGAAUAUCUUUUGCUUGGACUGUUGCCAGGCCAUUUGCAUUCACUGCUUGACCCCUCAUUGCUCCCAUCGCCUCUUACAGAUAAGAAGGUAUAUAUACCAUGAUGUUUUGAGGCUGAAAGAUGCUGAGAAAUUGUUGGACUGCGUUUCUGUUCAAUGUUAUAUUACCAACAGUGAGAAAGUGGUGUUUCUGAACCAAAGACCAAAGACAAGGCCAUGGAGAGGAUCAUCCAAGCUUUGCAUCAUCUGUGACAGAGCCGUUCAAGAUGCCUUUCUCUUCUGUUCCAUCUUCUGCAAGCUUCAACACAUGAUGAAAACCGGGGUCAAUUUAUCCGAUCAUAUAUGCAACCGCGAGUCUUUGGUGUUGCCGGAGCUGGGUGACGGAGAUGAGCAGAUGAUGCCGGAGACUGCCCUUGAGCCAACGGCGUCCGGUGAAAGCGACGGCGCCAGCGCGGAAGGGGUGGAGUGCCGGGCACUUGCCAGCAUUACCACCACCACCAUCACGGAGAUAGUGAAGAAGAAGCGGAGCGUAAGGUCGUGUGUCCGGCCAGAUUGCGGGCCGGCUACGGACGUUCCGGCUGCCGUGAAGAACCGGAGGAAGAACCCACCUCACCGGUCUCCACUUCAGUAA